AUGGCGGAGGAGUAUCAUUUCAGUGACGAUGACGAGGGGGAUGCUCUAUUGGAUCGCGCCUAUGACCGGUGGGAACAGUUGGGAGGGGCUGCCGCCCGUGGCCCUCUCUUUCAAUUCACCAUGCAACCCAUGGGUCGACGACGCCGCUGGCGUGAUAUGGUGGAACGCGCCCAAUUCAAUGCGCAAUUACGGCAAUUGCGGGAUCCUGUCCCUGGGGAUAAUAUUGGCAUGGCUUUGACCGAAGCGUUACACCAAGCCAUUGAAACGGAACUCGGCCGCGAGCAGCGACCCGCCCAUCAUUUUGUCAAUUUUGCCAUCACGGCUCAUGGGUUCACCCACGCUUAUCAAACAGCCAAUUUUACGGUGGGGGAGUUUUUACAACCUACGGCUCGUUUGGAUGAGAUGUUGGCCACCCUGGCUGGCAAGUUGAAUAGCAAUGAAGCCUUCAACCCCGAUCGUGGGUUCCAAGUGGAUGUGGUGUUUGUCUCCAUGCCCGGUCCAGGGUCCGGUCGACAUAAACAACGCAAUGUGGGACGUCUAUGCCUGGAUCGAGACAAUAAGAAAAAGAAAUGCAUCAUCCCCAUCCGAAACAGAGAUGCCCUAUGUUGUGCUCGCGCUAUCGUCACCAUGCGAGCCCAUUGCCAUAAAGAUCAAGGCGUGGACGGGUUUCGCGACUGGGACAAUCUUAAACGUGGCCGUCCUGUGCAGCAACGUCAAGCCCAGGUACUCCAUCAGCAAGCGGGAGUCGCGGAGGGUCCCUGUGGUUUACCCGAGCCGCGUCAAUUUCAACAGGCGUUGGGGCCUCACUAUCAAUUGCUGGUGAUGACCCGCAUGAAACCGUUUUUUCUGAUCUUCAAAGGACCUGACGCUCCUCAUCCGAUACGUUUACUCAAAUCCAACGAUCAUUUUGAUGGUUGCACGUCCUUUCCUGCUUUUGUCAACCGCUCCUAUUAUUGCCUGGACUGUGAACGAGGGUUCAACACCAACGAUCGGACCAGUCACACUUGUCAAGGGAGACGCUGUCGUGCUUGUGGGCGCUUUGAUUGUCAGGAUUAUGUGCGUGGCACCCGCCCCACGGAGUAUUGCCCCUUAUGUCACCGCAAGUUUUACGGUGACCAUUGUAUGCAUCAUCAUGUGGUCAGCCAGCAAUGUCAAUCCAUCAAAACAUGUCUCAAGUGUCAAGCCCAGUACACGGUCGUCCCUAACAAACGUCACCAGUGCGGGUAUGCCAAGUGUCCCGUCUGUCACAAAUGGGUGCCCAUCCAGGACCACAAGUGUUACAUUCAACCCGUGGUAGAGAAUGAGGAAGAAGAGUCUGAACCAACAGAGGAGGGGGGAGGUGGCAUGGUGGCGCCACCCCCUCCCCUGUUUGGUUAUGCAGAUUUUGAAGCCAUGCAGAAUGCGGAAGGCGUGUUUGUGGCCAAUUUGUUGUGUUAUUCGUCUAGUGAAGAAACCACCAUUCAUGUGUUGGACGGGGAAGACUGUGCCCUACAAUUUUUGCGCGAUUUGGAUGAUCUCACCGAGGUCCCGGACAGCGAGAGUGAGCGGAACAUUCUCGUG